GUCAUGUGAUCAGCUGUGUCCAAUCAAAGCUGAUCACAUGGGACAUGUACACUGAUCAUCAGGGCACUGAUGAUCAGUGUGUCCUGAUGAUCAGUGUAGCCCCAGCAGUGCCACCUGUCAGUGUCCAUCAGUGCUUUGUGUCAGUGCUCAUCAGUGCCUCGUGCCAGUGCCCAUCAGUUCCACAUCAAUGGCACAUAUCAGUGCCUACCAGUGCACAUCAAUGCCACAUAUCAGUGCCCAUCUGAGCUGCCUUUCAGUGUCACCCAUCAGUGCCAGUCAAUGCCACCUAUCAAUGCCAAUCAGUGCCACCUAUCAGUGCCAAUCAGUG